AUUUUACCAUUUUUAAAUGUCUACAUUCUCUUUAAAAACAUUAACGUAACUUUGAAUUUUUAUUUAAAAAAAACAAUUUAAAGAAGAAAAAGAUUAUGUGGAAUAAUUAAAAGUUUACUGAAAUUAUUUAUACAUAGUAAUGUAAUUGAUGAUAUGGCAUAAACAAUUGUAAUCAUAUAAUCAUCACCUGGGAGAAGGUUAACGUUUAUUGUAUAACUAUAGUAAAAAUUUUAUCAUGUCCAUGAAAAACAUGAAUCGUAAAGUUUCAGAAUUAAAAACAUCGAUGUUUCUUGGAAUCCGGGUUAUAGUCGUGAACUUGUUUUUGAGGGUCCCUGCCAAAAAACGCUCGCUCCACGUGCCAGCAGAUGAGAAUCGAUAAAAGUACCAGCGCACGCGACUCACUCGUCGAUUGUUGACUUUCUCUCGUUUUUAAAAUGGUAUAGAAUAUAGAAGUCUAAGCAGACUUUAACAAAUUAUGCAAAUUACCAUUGACCUUCAGCUAUAGAGGAAAAGAUAAAUUGUGUUUUCCAGCGCUCUUCACGUGGACACUUAUGAUUCUCAUGUCCACAUUAUUUUAUCAGUUUACAUUCAUUUUAUUUACUCCCGUUGCUUUAUGAUGGAUUGCCUAUUGUAAGGCGUUUUGGAUCCGGAGUUAAUUAUUUCUUUUUAAAGAAACUGGAAAUUUUAAUAUAGAAAAAUUGAGAAUUAAUCUAAAACGAAUGUCCGAAACGACGAUAGCUUCAAAAAGUAUCAGUGAAGUGCAAUAUCUUCACAAAAGUCGUGAAGAUUUUACAUCUUAUUCAACAUUGAGAAAUGUGACUCAAUGCGUUAAUCGACGAUUACAAUAUUCACAAUUGCCAGUAAGAUGUCAAAAGAGACCGAUUUAUCGUCCGGCGAAAAAUUCUCACAAAUUGCAAGCACCAUCAAUUCCAAUAAUUAAUUUAAUGAAGACAAAUACAACGAAAAUUUUAUCGGACAAUUUAAAAUGCUCGCCAGUAUCGCGAAUUCCAAUUACUCCUCGAUGUAAAAGAAGCAUUUCGCUUGUCGAUCUUUCGCCAAGUGUCAACGAUCCAGAAUUUGAUGAUCUAAGAUCGUUAGAAAGCAAUUCAAAUUCGACACGGCGGGAAGAAAUUGAAGAGCGAAAAGCUGAAAUGUUGGGUGUUAUUGAAAUUGGCAGUGAAUAUGGAAUAACGAAAGGAAUAGAUUGUCAAUUAGUGGAAGAAAACAAAGCGGCGAGUUUAGUGUGUCGUGUGCUACUUAUGAACGCAUGGCGCAAAAGGCGAGAAGAAGUUGUUAAACUUCAGGAAAAUGUGCAGCAAUUGAAUCAGCAAGUCGAUCAUCUUCAUAUUCAAAUUGUCGUUCUUCGUCGAUUACUCGAAACCGAAAAUAAUCGUGUUGGAAAAAUUACAAUUGAAAUCAAUCAAGCGAAAUUGCAAUUAAAUGAGGUUGUUCAAAAAAAAGAGGCUCUAACAUUGGAGAAAGAAAAUCUCGAGGGAAAAGUUCAGUCAUUGCUGGAUUCAUCAGAACAGGAAAAAGUAGCAACGGAAAAUUUAAGAAAUCAAUUAUUUGGUUUGAAAAGUCAAUUGGAGGCAUUAGACGGUCAAAUUACUCGUGAUAGGGAAAAAAUAUUGAAAUUAAGGGAAGAAAAGAAAAUUCUGUCAGAGAAGAUUACUGUCAACGAGGAGCAGCUGAAGAGCGAAAAGUUAAGAAACGAAGAAUUGCAACUCUUAGUCACGUCUGCAGAUGAGAAAGCACAAUUAUCUUUCAAAGAAUUGAAGAAGAAAGAAGAAGAGGCCGAAAAAUUAAAGGAGCAAUUGAAACUCAGCAAAAAUGUAGCAACAGCACUUGAAAAUAAACUUUCGGAUCGGGAGGCUGCACUAAGAAGGGUGGAAACUGCUUUUAAUUCUCAAAUAUUUGAAUUGAACGAAUUGAAGGAACGACUAAUUCGUCAAUCCCAGGAAGGUGGAUGGAGUAAUCGAGUUUUGCAAUUUGCCGGAAGUUUUGUUCGAGCUCCUAGAGCAAUUUUACGAUCAUUAUCGUUUUUCUCUACUUCUGGAACACACAUGCUCUAAAACUUUUGAGUCUUUUAAAAGCUUUGAUGAACAAUUCGCAGUCUCUUAUUCCAAGAGCGGAUGAGAAUUCUCUGAACGAUUUUAUUUCUCUUUUUACACCAGGCAAAAAGUCUUGAGUUGUAAGAAUGUCGGGGCGAAAGGGACAAAUAAUAAAAAGGGGAUUCAAUUGGCAGUGAAAACUAAAUUACCAAGCACGAAUCUUUAAUUAUUUUUAUACUACACUUGCAUAGUUUACAAGCGAGGGGUGUUUUUUUUUUAAAGAAAAAAAAAUAUAUUUUAACGGAUUAUUUUAAUAGAUCUUUUUUUUAAAUUUGCUUUUUUUUAUCAAAAAAAAGGAUGAAUAAAGGA